AUGCAUUCUUAAUACUUCAAUCUCAAGCAAACAAAUACUUAGAUAAACAAGAGCAGAAGAUCCAAAUUUGCUGCAGGAGCCAUAAUGAUAGUAGGCACAGUCGCAUCUGUUGCUCUUUAUCAGCAUCUAAAUGACUACACCUCAGUUUAAAUGACUCUCUUUGGAUCAAGCGAGCUUAAUGAAACUUAAAUGGCAUUUUUGAGGUUUAUUGCAGAGCAUGGAAAAACUUACGCAACUAAAAGCCACUAUCACUCAAAGUUUGAGACCUUCGCAAAGAACUAUCAGGACAUUAAAGAGCAUAACAGUGUCAACGAACACUUCAAAAAGGAAAUCAAUAAGUUUGCUGAUAUGACUGUUGAUGAAUUUAAUGAGGAGUAUCACAAAUUCGGACUAAAGUUACCUGAUUUAGAGACUAGAAAUAAACACAGCAGACCACAUCUUCAAGCAGCUCCAUCUGAUAAGGAGGAAACUUUAGCAGAUAAGGUUGACUGGAGAGAAGCCAACAAGGUAUCUGAUUCUAUUGAUUAAGCUUCAUGUGGCUCAUGCUGGGCUUUUACUACCGCUACUACUAUGGAGAGUUUACACGCUAUUAAGAACGGUACAGGCCCUAACAAGUUUUCUGUUUAAUACUUAAUUGACUGUGACUCUGGAAACUACGGUUGCGGAGGUGGCUGGAUGCUAGAUGCAUACACCUGGGUUAAGAAAAACGGAAUUGUCAAAGAAAGUGACUACCCAAGACACUAUCAGAGAUCAAAGGGUGCCUGUGCUGACACAAAGGACAAAGAGAAGUUCUAUAAUCAUGACUAGAAUGAAGAAGACAAUGUUACUAAUGAUAGACUUAAAAAGCUCAUCUCAGAAAGACCAGUUGGAGUCGCUAUGCACUCUAAUCCUUCCUGCUUAAUGGCAUACAAGAGUGGUAUUUUGAGAGACUAAGAUUGCAAAUGCUCAGAUGAGAAGAAGCAAGUUAAUCAUGCUGUUGCUAUUGUAGGAUAUGGAACUGCUGAAAACAAUAGUGAUUGUGUUGGCUAUUGGCUAAUCAAAAACUCAUGGGGCACCAAGUGGGGUGAUGGGGGUUUCUUCAAGCUCUGUAUUCCUCAUGAAGAGGAAGAUAAGAACCUCAAGACUGGAACUUGCCAAAUCAAAUCAUACGUUCAAUAUCCAAUCUUAAAUGAAUGA